AUGGCCGACGAUUCCAUGCCUUCUUCUCCAGACAAGCUCACUCCCCCGCCAGAGGGCGAGUCUCUCCUAUCGACGCCGAACUCCGACGCCCAAGGCCAGCUCACCGCAGCCGUGGACGAUUUGCUCAAUGAACUCCAAAGUAAAUUUGAGAAUGUCUCUACGGAGAUGUUUGGCAAACUGGAUGAAAUGACCAAACGUCUCGAUGAGUUAGAGGCAUCUCUCUCUGCAUCUGGGAGUGCUACCGCUUCAACCCCGCCAAAUUAA